UCUUUUAUUUCAUUCAUUUUCCCCCCAUUUUUUCCCCAGACAAAACCCAUACCUGAUAUACACAUACCCCUCUUGUAAAAAACCAAACCAAAUCAAUUCAUUUAUUUAUUUCUUAUAUCUCAUUGAUUUCUUUCAUAUUUAUUUUUGUGGAGUUACAAAACACAAACAAUACAACUACUUAUGUAUCUGUUGUAUUUGAAAAAAAAAAAUAUUAAUAAUAAUAAAAAUUAAAAAAAAAAUAUCAUCGGCGGAGAAUGAACAGGAGAACUCCGGCAACUCGAACUCGAGUCGGUAAAUACGAAUUGGGAAAAACGCUUGGUGAGGGAAACUUUGCCAAGGUGAAAUUAGCUAAAAAUGUUGAAACUUCGGAUUUUGUCGCUGUUAAAGUUCUCAGUCGUGAACAUCUCCUCCAACACAAGAUGGUUGAACAGAUAAAGAGGGAGAUUUCGACAAUGAAGGUGAUUAAGCAUCCUAAUGUGGUUAAACUUUAUGAGGUAAUGGGAAGCAAAACAAAGAUCUAUAUUGUUCUUGAACUAGUUGAUGGAGGCGAGCUCUUUGACUUAAUUGCUAAACAAGGCAGACUUAAGGAAGACAAAGCCAGGAUGUACUUUCAGCAGCUAAUCAACGCCGUGGAUUACUGCCACAGCAGAGGUGUAUACCACAGGGAUUUAAAGCCGGAGAAUCUGCUUUUGGAUUCCUAUGGUGUUCUAAAAGUUGCCGAUUUUGGAUUAAGUGCAUUUUCACAGCAAGUGAGGGAAGAUGGUCUACUUCACACUGCCUGUGGAACUCCUAAUUAUGUUGCUCCUGAGGUGCUCACUGAUAAAGGCUAUGACGGUACAGCAGCUGAUAUAUGGUCUUGUGGGAUCAUUCUCUUUGUCCUUAUGGCAGGGUACUUGCCCUUUGAUGACCCAAACCUCAUGAAUUUAUACAAAAAAAUCCAAAAUGGUUCCUUUGUUACUCCUUCAUGGUUUUCUUCUGGUGCUAGGAAGUUUAUCAAACGUAUUCUUGAUCCUAAUCCUCUGACUAGAAUUACAAUCUCAGAAAUUUUGCAAGAUGAAUGGUUUAAAAAGGAUUACCAUCCACCGAGUUUUGCUGAGGAAAGUGAUGUGAAUCUUGAUGAUGUAGAUGCUGCUUUUGACGACUCAGAGGAAAAUCUUGUAACAGAGAGACGGGAGAAGCCUGUAUCAAUGAAUGCUUUUGAGCUUAUUUCUGGGUCACAAGGUUUCAGUCUUGAGAGUCUCUUCAAUAGGGAACCCGGUACUGUAAAGCGAGAAACAAGGUUUACUUCCCAGUGCCCUGCAAAUGAGAUUGUGUCUAAGAUUGAGGAAGCUGCAAAGUCUUUAGACUUCAAUGUUCGUAAGCAAAAUUAUAAGAUGAAGCUGCAAGGUCAUGCAAGUGGAAGAAAGGGACGCCUUUCUGUGGCUACAGAGGUGUUUGAAGUAGCGCCUUCUUUUCAUGUAGUAGAGUUGCGUAAAACUGGAGGUGAUACUUUGGAAUUUCACAAGUUCUUCAAGAAUUUCUCAUCAGGACUGAAAGACGUCGUUUGGAAAAGUGAUUCAAAUGAUGAAGAUUCAAAGUUAUGAAAUCGACCCUUGAUCCUCCAACCCCCGGCCAUUAAUUUAUUUUUUUCCGGAAAUGUGUCAAUAUAUCCCUUUAAUUCAAGGGAAGGGGCUGGGGGAAGAUGGGGCCAUCCAUGCAAAAAAUGGAGUUGCUGUAAAUGUUAGACGCUAGUGUAUGGCAAUUGUCAUGUGGUGGUUAACCAUCCCCCCACUGAACCAGGGGUGCGAUGUGGUGCACCAAUCUAUGAAAUUGUUAUCUCAUUUGAACUAUGAAUGAUGAAGUUGUUUGUAUGGCGACCAAACUUUGUCUUGGAGGCUUAAACUUCUUUUAAAACUUUUGGAAUUGAUCAAAUAUCGCCAAGAUCCCAUUCUAAUCAAAUUAACUGCUUCAAGAA